CCGCACCCUCCGUUGUGAUGCCCAGGGACCGCCGGUGGGUCGAACGUUCUCGGGGGCACGAUUCCUGGGGGAGGAGCCAUCGCCAGGUCGCGGAGAGUCGGGCCGGGUGACGAGAUGCUCGGCCCUUGGUGAGGUCCGAGAGAGAAAAAGAGAGGCGGUCGUCGCGGUCGGUCGCAGUGCCGUGGUAUCGCCGGUGCCGGAGAGUGCGACCGAGCGAUAGCGGCGCGCGACCGAGCAAGAGAGACGGAGCGGUCGCGCACGCGCAGUGCGACCGUCGCCUCGUCGGCGCGCGAGUCGGCCGCGGACUCGGCGGUGUUGAGCGGUCUCGCGAGCGGUGGUGAGAGAGCGCGCCGCGCGACAUGGACGCCAGGAGGGCCACUUCCGUUGGCUAAUUAAGCGUGACUUUUCCCUCUCCCGACCCGUCCCGCGAGCGCCAGGAGGAUGCGAGGCUACGGGGACGAGAGGGCCCGAGCGCGGCGAUGCUAGGCGUCCGCCGGGGCGUCGCACCGCCACAGACUACACGCCGAGGCACCGGGACACGAGACGCGCGACCACGGCACGCUCCGAUGCAUUGCUGGAGACCCACGAGCAGUCGUCUGAAUAACAAGAUCUCUGAGCAUAUCUCUGCGUCUGUAACACCCCUCCAUGUUUGUCUGGAGGAACAAAGAGGACCAGAACUGGGCUCGUCUGAAACGACGGCUGGCGAGCCACAGGUUAAAGGCGCCGAAGAAAGUAGCGUGGAAAGAGAAGAAGGCGACAGCGGAGAAAGAGUUGGAAGACUGGUUGGAGGUGGGGUUGGCGAGCUAAGGCAUAGCCAGCCGAGUAUGGCCAAUACUAUCAGUAAUAUGAAAAUGACAAACCCCAUAAAGGGGCUAGUCAGUAAACGACGCAAACGAUUCACAGAGGAUGGGUUUGAUCUGGAUCUCACGUAUAUAAGAGAUAAUUUGAUAGCAAUGGGAUUUCCGGCAGAGAAGCUGGAAGGCGUGUACAGAAAUCAUAUUGAUGACGUUGUUAAAUUGUUAGAAUCCAAACAUAAGGAUCAUUACAAAAUUUACAACCUCUGUUCGGAGAGAUCUUACGAUUUUAAGAAAUUUAAGCAAAGAGUAGCGACGUAUGCCUUCGAUGAUCACAACCCACCGAUGUUGGAGCAGAUUAAACCCUUUUGUGAGGAUGUUCAUUCGUGGUUAACGCAACACAGAGAGAACGUAGCAGUGGUCCACUGUAAAGCAGGUAAAGGUCGGACUGGUGUCAUGAUAUGCUGCUAUCUGCUACACAGCAAGCAAUUUGCCACGGCUGCGGAUGCUCUGAACUUCUACGGAACGAAAAGAACGCACGACAGGAAAGGAGUGACGAUACCUUCGCAAAGGAGGUACGUCGGUUAUUACGCCACUCUCGUUCAAGAAGGGCUCAAUUACCAACCCGUCACCCUAAUUUUGAGGAAACUCCAACUAGACCCAGUCCCCAUUUUCAAUGGGGGUCAAGGAUACGUGCAUUUUGUGAUAUCCGAAUCCAACAAGAGGAUAUUCACGUCGGAAGAGUACGAGGUGCGAAAAGGCAUGCACUCGAUCUGCAUCCCUCUGGAGCACAGCAUCCCCCUAACGGGCGACAUCCGACUUGAUUUCUUCAACAGGCCGAAAAUGAAGCGAAAAGAGAAGAUGUUUCAUCUCUGGUUCAACACGUUCUUCGUGAGAGACCACGUGGCGACAGAAUGCGAUAAUGGCGAGUUGCCGGUAGAACGGUCGACGAGGGCGUUAAGCUGCGACGGGACCGCGAUGGAGCUCCCGAUGAUGACGUCGCACACGAAGCCGAGGACGGGAUCUUUGGCGAGCCUAGGCCCGAUCCCGCCUACCCUGGUUUUACGUAUAGACAAAGGUGGUCUGGACGACGCGCACAAGGACAAAAAUCACAAGCUUUACAGCGCCGACUUUAAGGUUAGUUUGUUCAUGCACGGGGUCGGCGGCAGCAUAUCGCCCUCGGUGCCGGGCGGCGUCGCCAGGGCGGGCGAGGGCGUCCAAAUCGGGAUGGGAGGCCAGGAGACCCCCAGCGAGUCGAGCGACGCCGACAGCAGCGAAUGCGACACCACCGGCGACGAGGACGGCUGGGAAUCCGACCAACUUUCGACACGGAGCUUCGGAUUAAGUCACAUUGUAAAAACGCUGUCCGAGGGACGAGGAACGAGCUUUUAGCCGCGACUACGCAUAUAGGCUGCCAUUGAUUAUCGAUAUUGUAUAGUUUAUUGAUCACGAUUGAUCGUCAUUGUACAUUAUUAACGGCGAUUGUUGUCGUACAGUUCUCGCGACACUUUUACAGUCUUAUGAUAGGGAUAUAAUUCACUCGACACGCGAUCAAGUCCAUUGUUGUUAACAACUUGCCGACGUCGAAAGGGCGUCGCUCGAGCUGAAGAGGAAUGGCGCGAAAUUUGAAUCCCUCGACUCUUCUUUGACACCGGCGAUCGUUUUUUCCGCAAUAGAGCGGUCCUAUUCGGAAGACACAUCGCUGGCCAGGGUCGAAGGAAAGGGACGAAAUCCCUGGACUGAAAGAAAAAAAAAGAUCUCGUCGAACCAAAGGGAAAAAUUUCGUUAAUUCGAAGAUAGAUUAUAGCGCUGAAAUAAACUCGAAUAAAUGGGAUGCAACCUUUCUACGGAAUUGCGAGUAUUUAAUUGAGUUCGAGUCGAAUAAUUAUCUCUCGAAUUGACGUAAGUAUUUCUUUGGUUCGAUGAAUUCUUCUUCUUUUUUUUUCUCUCAUUGGAAACGAGGGGAGCGAAAGUCACCUUGACUUUUCGUUUGAUGAUCGGAAUCAAAGGGAGAAAUGGAAAUUAAAAGGAAUUUCUAGCGUUUAAACGACUUUAAAGUGAAACUUCUUAACGCCAGAGUGUGGAAGAUUUCGUUAUUAAGGAAAAUUAGACAAUUAUCUAGGGAUUUAUUAUAAAUGUAUGCUAAUUCAGUACCGACGGUUCAGAUUUAUACAUUUAUUGGAAUAUCAUGUAUGAAUUAAACCUGUAUGAAUCUUUGGGAUAUUUUUAACAGUGUAGCCCUGAAGAGGAAGCCUCAUUAAUUAAUAAUGUCUCUUUUUUGGCGGGGAAUUCCGCGUGGCCUUGAGGAGUAAUUGAAAUUACAGUACCUUGGCUGAAGAGGUUUCACUUCAAGUAGGAAUUAAAAGAUGGAAUGCUCGAUAAACAAUGUCCAGGUGGAGGAACAAUUAGGAGAACGUUCGCAAAGUGGGGGUUUACAGUAUCGAAGUACCUAAAUGUUGCUAGGUUAUUAAUGGUUCUCUCUUUCUCUCACGUCAUGGAUAUGCAAUAGAUACCGAGGAAUAAAUGUUACUACGCAGUCUGUGUAAGGAUAACGCGUAAUUAGAGGUAUAAAGGUGUAAAGGUCGCCAGGAGCAAUGUACGAUAUGUCGUUAAGGGUCCCCUGGGAGAUGAUUUUUCUACACGCAGAAAAACAUUCGGUCGAAUCAGGCGAAAUUUGUUCUUCGUUCGUAAAAAGUAUGCUUAUUAUACCGACUGAAAUGAAUAAAUCGAUUCAACUAAAACGGGGAGCAGUCAAGUGCGAUUAAAAUUUGAUUCACUUGUCCGGAAUGUUUGUUUUAACGUUAAAUAAAAACUGGCGAUUCAGGGUUGGUGAACCUGAUUCCCUUUUCUUUAUUUUUUCUGCGUGUAUUGUCGGAGGUCGCGAAAGAUAAAAUGCGAAUUUUUCUUACUUUCGAUGGUAAGGAAAAAUCGCAUUCAAUUAUGGGACGACGUCUCGAUGAUUUUGCAAACGCAGAUCCGCUUUUCGAGUUUGCACGUCGAGGACGAAUUCUCCCUCUCUUUUCUUUUUUUUCCCCCCUCCGGUUCUCCCUUGAAGAUCGUUGUACCCUUUGUAACUUAUCGCCCUGUCGAUGGGACGAUUCUCCUCGCCAUUAACACCUUUUGUCACGGAGCGUUUCCGCAGAGCCUAAAAAUAAAAAGUACUUUAAUACAUGGCGUGUCGAGUUUUGUCGUUGCGUGCGAAUUUUCAUCAACCACUGUUUUAUGAUACUUCUUUUCUUUUCUUCUCCAACAAAACGUCUUUGGGGAUACUUUGUUAGGACACGUGAAAUGACCUCAAGUUGUGUUACCUUCCCAGGUUGAUACGAAGAGAAACUUCCUUUAAUUAAUUAUUUAAAUUUCACCAUUGUUGCCGCUGCCGAUCUCUGCAAAUCGCGUCCUGUAAUUGUCGGAUUUAUCGUUACACAUUUCUUUGCGUUUAAAUUAAAGUCGGGACGCCGGAAGACGUCUCGUUGAAGCAUGACCACAAAGGUGACAAAUUAGCCGAGCAUUAAUUUAACAAGAAUUUCUGUAAACAAAUGGAAAAUCGACCGAGUCAGUCAGAGUUUGAACGAUCAUGAGACGGCCUCGAAGAACUUCUACCUCGACUUGCAUUUCUUUUUUAUAUUUUCCCUCCUUUUACUCGAUAUUGUUUAUUAACAACAAUAAGCAAUGACUAACGAGGAUCAUUGUUGAAGCGUAUGUUCAGGCUCUUAAGAGUGGAAUUUCGCGUUUUCGGGAAAUAAGAGUUUGCGUUCCGCUUUUUUUUUUUUACACGUACUAACACUAAUCACGUUUCAAUUCCGCAGGAGUUAUUAACGUUAAUUACCGAAGGUAAUCCCAGGGUGAGAUCUAUUAUUUAACGAGUGCAUAACGACGUCGCUUGCAGAUGCAUUUCCAGUAGAGGUGUGCAUGCAGUUUCACUUUGGACUUUGGCUGAUUUAACUCGACUCUACCUACUAAUUCUCCUCUUUAUACCUCCUGCCGUUUCAGACUAUUUAUGUUAUUGUUUAUUUAAUUAAAGGGGUGUUCCUGCUGCCCAUUAAUUCCCGUUUAAUUCUUCCAGCGCAUUUUACUGUCUCAAGUAUUCGUUAUUAAUUUUUAUUCCCGAGUCGCGCCGCAGCAACACCCCCGGAUUAAUUAAUUACGUCCCGUAAUUCGCAAGAAUGUGCAAUGCGUGCCAAGGAAAUAUAUGCACUUGGCGCAAUGUACCAUUCGCGCUAAUUGUACUUGUGUUUGUAUCAUUUGUGACACCGCAGUUUGGUCAUAGAAAAAGGACAAAUAGAGAAAAAUCCGGUGUGACUCUUAGCGCGAGGCAUGCGGUAUCUCGAAACGUAAUUUUUCGGUAUCCAAAUGUUAUUCUGAUAAAAAGAUUAACGGGACUCUUUUUAAUUUUUCGAUUUUGCAAUUAUCGAGAAGAAAUUUUGCAGGGUUCUAAUCUCUCGACUCGAUAACAACGUAUGUACGAGUAAUGUAUAACGCGUGAAAAAUUCUUUUUGUCAGUUUAUUUUUGAUUGACAAUCCAGAAUAAGAAUGACAAAAAAGAAAUAUAUGCAAAUUUCGACGCAGCGAUACCGCAAGCCUCGCACGUGCUCCUUAUCACAGGCGCAAGUACCCGUUGUACCUUAUCACAUACACUGUUAAAAAGAACCGUAAUAGACUCGGGAAAUACACUAGUAGACUUGUUUACGUGGUUUUUAAUUAUACAAGCUGGUUUAAAUAAUUCCUCAGAAAUCGGGACAAAAUUCAAGACUCGCAUCGUACGUCCAUGCGUCUUGUUUAAUUGAAGGAAUAAUUUAAUUCAAGGAAUAAACUCGAAUAAAUAGGAUGCGACGUACCUCUCCGGAAUUACGAUAAUUUAUUUGAGUUCGAGUGAAAUAAUUGUUUUUUAAAUUGGUGCGAUAUUUCUUUGGCUCGAUGAAUUUUUUUUUGCUUACGUCGAUUCGAGUGAAAAUCGUCGCACAGAGAUUUGCAAUUGUAUUUACUUUGCGUACCGAUUUACGGGGGAAAGUAAGGAAGAGAAACAAAUUGUGAGAAACAUUUACAGAGAUUUUUAACAGUGUACGCGCAAGUACACGACACCUUAUCAGGUAUCUGACAUUAGGUCUGCUUACAGGGGAGUCGACGUACUUGUGACUUUGAGACUUGACUGAUGGCGGGCCAAUCAGAGCUAAACCGAAUCACAGACGAUCAACUUUCGACUGCAACGCACCGCUUGAUUACCAAUCGAUCGAUCCGCCGAUCGGCCACUAGAUCGAUAAUCGAACAUCGCAUCCUGCCUGCCAUCCGCUACGCAUGCACACCCAAUUGCAUCCUUACAAUUAUCGGAACAGCCCACGGCAAAAGACACUGUCGGUUUUUAUUAUCUUUAUUUAUAGACACUAGUUCCAAUUAUUCUCCGUGUAUGUAUGUGACGUUUACGUUUCGAGAGAGAGAGAGAAAGAGAGGGAGAGAGUGAAUCCCCGUUGUUCAGUUUCCGCCGAUUUUCGCCCCGUUUUUUUUUUUAAUUAUUUAUCGGUGUUAAUACUCCUCCGUUUAGUUUUGCUUCCAUUCGUUUUUUUUUCCUUCCUUUUUCUUUUUGAGAAACUCCCUUGUCCGGGGAAUUGUCGACUUCCUUUGUGUUUUAUGUGUAGAUCCAAUUUUUUUUUUUUUAUAUCGUGUGUACACUGGGAGACAUCAAUGCCCACCCAUCCUGCACAAGCGAUGCCGUAUCUGCAGGGGAGGCAUUCAUGUCCGCCAUUGUACUUUAGUUCCGCACUCGGGAGGUAAUUACUGGUCUAGAGAGAUAAUUGUUUUGAAUUGUUAUAAAAAAAAAUGUUUGGGGAAGAAACAUCGGGAAAGUGGAAACUACUCGGGAAUUUCCGGGGAAGAAAUGAAGUCCACUCGUUCUUUUUUUUUUUUUCGUUACGUGUAUCUUGUACAUUUCUUUGGUUUACACGGCUUUGAAAUUCUAAGGGUUAAUUUGUGCGUUCAAUUUUUGGAUCAAUAGUCGAUAAUUAAUGACACCUCGUCGGGAGAUAGUUUCUCAAAAAAAUUGAGGAAAAAUGGAGGGCGACGAUAAUCGCCACAAUGGAGGAGUCGCGUCUGCGAUUUCCGUUUAAGGGUUGACAAAAAAAGAAAACAAUAACCGAAGAGGGCGAAGUGAAAAUCGAAUGAGAAAAGAGGUCGGAAGGGAAAUCUCGACCGACUCGCGAGGCUUAUCGCUUCUGUCUUGCCUGGAGAGAGAGAUCCGUAUCAGGGGAGAGGUCUGAUAGUAUCUGAUAAUGCAUAGAUUGUGAUUUAACUGUUACUAGGUGAUAACCGUACGCCCACUUUAUUUAUUUAUUUGCGAAGGCAUGGCGAGCGCGACCGCCGCGGCUCCUCGAAUCGAGAUUAGAGAUCCUCGAAUGUUAAGACUUGCAUGUUAAUAGACACGGAGAGCCGCGAGGCGAUCGCAGGAAAAUUCGUCGAGGGCUCCUGCCCUGAAGGUGUUACACCACGAUGAGCGUCUGAACAUCAUUAACACGUUUGCCAGUCUUUUUCUCUAUAAAGGAAAUAAAUUAAACAUUUUUUUUUUUUCACGUUACGAUCAAUUUUACCGGCUGGUGGUCCUGUAGAAAAUUAUAUACGUAUUUUAGUAUGCACUUGGUGCGAAACUCAUCCGAGGAUUUUUCUUUUUCUUUUUCUUCUUUUUAAACCCGGUUUUCUUCAUACCUUCGUCGUGGUGUGACGCCUUUAAUUACUCUACGAUCAAAUCGGCGAUCGAAUUGAUAUCUGAUUUUCGAUCGAGUUUGCGCGCGAAUCCCGGUUAGCGUCCUGUAUUUCUCGGGGCUUAGAGGUUAUGUCGGUUUCUGUCAAUUUCUCGAGGUCUCGCGCCCGUACGUUCGCACACAGGAGAUGUAACGCGUUUAAA